AUGCAGUGGGUGAAGGUGCUUGGGGGGGCCGUGGGGGCUGCUGCCCUCUUGGGGCUGGGGAUCAUCCUGGGCCACUUUGCCAUCCCCAAGGGGGCCGACCCGCCCGCGCCCAGUGCCUCAGCCUCCCAGGACCUGGACCCGGAGAUCCUUGAGGUCGUCAUGGAGCUGCUGAGAGCCAGCAGGAUCCAGGAGAACCUUAGAGAGCUCUCCAGAGAGCCGCACCCGGCCUCCAGCCGCCAGGACGAGGCGCUGGUGCAGCUGCUGCUGCAGCGCUGGCAGGACCCAGAGUCCGGCCUGGACUUGGCGGAGGCGUCCAGCUAUGAGGUGCUGCUGUCCUUCCCCAGCCCGGAGCAGCCAAAUCAGGUGGCCAUUGUGGGGCCCGCUGGGGACAUCCGCUUCUCCUGUCGCCAGAGCGAAGAGAACCUGACUGGGGAGCAGGGGGGACCUGAUGUGCUGCCACCCUAUGCUGCCUACGCGCCCCCUGGGACCCCCCAGGGCCUCCUCGUCUAUGCCAACCGGGGCUCGGAAGAAGACUUCAAGGAGCUACAGGCUCAGGGCAUCCGACUCAACGGCACCAUCGCCCUGACCCGCUACGGGGGCGUGGGACGCGGGGCCAAGGCUGUGAACGCUGCAAAACACCAGGUGGCUGGGGUGCUGGUGUAUACGGACCCUGCAGACAUCAAUGAUGGGCACAGCUUGCCCAACGAGACCUUUCCGCACUCCUGGCACCUGCCUCCCUCUGGAGUGGAACGAGGCUCCUACUAUGAGUAUUUUGGGGACCCCCUGACUCCCUACCUUCCAGCCAAGCCCUCUUCCUUUCGCCUGGACCCAGCCACUGCCUCCGGAUUUCCCCCAAUUCCCAUCCAGCCCAUUGGCUUUGAGGAUGCCAAAGUCCUUCUCUGUAACCUCCAGGGACCCCCAGCCCCGGCCGCCUGGCAGGGAGCUCUGGGCUGUGACUACAGGUUGGGCCCGGGCUUCCAGCCUGGCGGGAUGUUCGCAGACAGCCAGGUGAACGUGAGUGUGCACAACCGCCUGGAGCUGCGGAACUCCUCCAACGUCCUGGGGCUCAUCCGCGGGGCCGUGGAGCCGGACCGCUACGUGCUCUACGGGAACCACCGGGACAGCUGGGUGCACGGCGCCGUGGACCCCAGCAGCGGCACCGCCGUCCUCCUGGAGCUCUCCCGCGUCCUGGGCACCCUGCUGAAGAAGGGCAUCUGGCGUCCCCGCAGAUCCAUCGUGUUUGCGAGCUGGGGGGCGGAGGAGUUUGGUCUCAUCGGCUCCACCGAGUUCACGGAGGAGUUCUCCAGCAAGCUGCGCGAGCGCGCCGUGGCCUACGUCAACGUGGACAUCUCCGUGUUCGCCAACGCCACCCUGAGGGCGCAGGGGACGCCCCCGGUCCAAAGCGUCCUCUUCUCCGCGGCCAAACAGAUCCCCGCACCAGGCCCCGGCGGCCUCAGCAUCUACGACAACUGGCUCCGGUAUUUCAACCGCAGCAGCCCGGCGUACGGCCUGGUGCCCAGCCUGGGCUCCCUGGGUGCCGGCAGCGACUACGCGCCCUUCAUCCACUUCCUGGGCAUCUCCUCCAUGGACAUCGCCUACACCUACGACCGGAGCAAGACCUCUGCCCGGAUCUACCCCACCUACCACACCGCUUUCGACACCUUUGAUUACGUGGACAAGUUUGUGGACCCCGGCUUCGGCAGCCACCAGGCCGUGGCCAGGACGGCGGGGAGCGUGCUCCUCCGGCUCAGUGACAGCCUCUUCCUGCCCCUCAACGUCAGCGACUACAGCGAGACGCUCCGGAGCUUCCUGCAGGCCGCCCAGCAGCGCCUCGGGGCCCAGCUGGAGGGCGAGGGCAUCAGCCUGGGGCCUCUGGUGACCGCCGUGGAGAAGUUCGAGGGGGCAGCCAUGGCCCUGAACCGAGACAUAUCCGAGCUGCAGAAGGGCACCCGCGACCCGCUGCAGGUGCGGAUGCUCAACGACCAGCUGAUGCUCCUGGAAAGGGCCUUCCUGGACCCCCGGGCCUUCCCGGAGGAACGCUACUACAGCCACGUGCUCUGGGCGCCCCGGCACAGCUCCGUAGCCACGUUCCCAGGCCUGGCCAAUGCCUGUGCCAAGGCCUUGAAUACCGACCCAGGGUCUGCGGCCUGGGCCGAGGUGCGGAGGCAGCUCAGCAUCGUGGUGGCGGCCCUGGAGGGUGCAGCAGCCACCCUGAGGCCCGUGGCUGACCUCUGA